UGUAAAAAAAAAAAACAAACCCCCAAAAAACCCAAAAGGAAAACAAAACAAAAAAAACCCAAAAAACAAAACAACCGAAAAAAAGUGAGUAACUCAGGAUUCCAUGUUCUCCUUAUUAAAAAACAAAUCACUUCUUCAGCUGAAGUUGUGUCAUCACAGUAUUUAUCUCCAGAUGUCUACAAGAUGUUUCAAGGGACCCUUUUUUCCCUUUAAAAGCCAACCAAGUGGAAACAAAUAGAAGAUAGUUUUACAACCCAAAGUCUAAUUGUUUUGCUAAUUUAUUAGAAAAUAUAGUCUCUAGGCUGGAUAAAUAAUGCCUACAUUUGAGGUGUUUCCCUUUCUCUGAUAAAUUGUCUAAUUACCAACUUUUGGAUGUCUUUUAAGAAAUUACUUGAAAGGGUUAUCCUCGAAUGAACAUAGAUUUUUUUUUUCUCCUCAAAAUACUUGCUGAUGAAGGAUUUGCUGGGCUGCCUGUUGCCAGGACUUAAUAGUUUCUCCCUUAGCUCAGGUUAUUGAUAGUGUAAACAGAGGUCAGAGUUAUUUUUUAAUCCUUCAUUGCUAAUUUUUACUUUCGUCUGAUUCACCUCUUUGUUCAGUACUGCACACCUGUGGUUUUGAAGAAUUUAAAUACCUCACUUAAGAAUUUGUCAUAACUGUGUAACUCACUCGGCUCAAUCUUAAGCUUAGAUAUUUUUAAAAUUUACCUUGUGCUGAAGCGUGUCACCUUGGGGUGAUGUUUGUUUACGUAUCCUUUUUGCUGAAGUAUGAUCUCAUGUGACAUCAAUACUUGACUGUUCUUCUCAGAAUAAAAUGUGGGAGGAGCAGAUAGAAAGUUGGCAGCUUUAAGCUACUCGGUCUGGUUUUGAGAGAAUGAUCAUUUCUUCAGAAAUGAUUGUUCCUCACUGACUUUGGCUAAACUGUCUUCAUGUUUUCUCCCUUCCAAAGUGUGUGUUAACAUUGCUCUUCUCUCUAGUGUGCGUCCUGCAUGGAUUUUAGAUCCUAGCCAGAGAGGAAAGACUGCUUUUCUACUUUCAUGACCGGGGCGCUCCAGAAGCCAAGUGGGUGCCUUCUGAAGAGACAAAUUGGCGUCUAAAAAUUUCAGAUAACCUGGUUUCAUCCAGGCUGAAGGGGGAGAAUGUUACGAAUUUUUAAAAUAGGGCUCUUGCCACUUUGUGUCCUCUCGGCCAUAGUGUGUGGCAGACUUCUCAGUUAUGAUUGUGGAGCACUCUGAAUCAGGAAGCUCUUGCUCCAGAGUUCAUACUAACUUGAAUUUGCAGUUCAAAUACUGUUCCAGCUGUUUAUUAUUCAGUAUUCAAAGAUUACAUAAAGCCUUGUUCUUUAGAAUUUAAAAAAAGUUCCUGCAUUAACUGCUUUAGUAUUUUUUUCUUUCUGGAGAGAGAUUUCAGGAUUUCAAAUGUCUGUUCACUUAACUGAAUAGCCCACCUUUACAACACCCUCCAAUAGGUUUUCUGUACUGGUCAGAGAAUAAAUGAGUUUAUAAACUGGCAGGAAAGCCCUGUGGCUUCUCUGUGUUUACGUGGUGGUACAGCAGGGAGAGGGGACUGUGGACAGUGGUUCUGAGGGCUCUGAAAGAACAAAACCACAGGGUGAGUACACUGUGCUAUUAACUAACUGGGAUCUGAGUCAUUUUUGACUUGAGUAACUCAUAACCGUGUCUGGCCUGCGUGCUGCGACCUUAUCCAGCCUGUGAACUCCUGUGAUUUGCUUGGAAACCUAGUUUGGUGUAAAUUGCUCUUCCCCCUUGCUGAUGAAGGAAAUCAUCACAUAAGCGGAACUGUUUGCAUCUAUGUGUGCUUUUUUUUAAUGUUGGCAUUAUGCCUUCUUUUCCUGUUUUGGAGGCCAAUGGAUCUUCUGAUUUGUAAGUGUCAGAUAUAUUUUUGUAUUAGAUUGUGCCUAUGAUGAGAGAAAUCGCUAAUGUAUAUUUUAUGUACUUGGAACACAUUUAUAAUUUGACACACUUUGAGGCAUGGUCUAGUAAUAUUGUAAUAGACACCUUUGUGGGUAAUGUGUUUAAGAUUUUGAGUUCAGUGUCUUUGAUUUAGUAUAUGAUAGCUAAGUAUUUGAGUAAAGAAUUAUUUCAGGUGUCACAGAAAAUUAGAAUAUUUAUUGUUCUAUAUUGUGUCAGUCAAUUAUUUAGAGAAUUUGCACUUUUAUAUUUUUGCCAACGAAAAUUGAAGGACAACACGUGUAUGAUUUUUAUAAUACACACACAUAUGUACCUUUGCUGUGUAAACUUUCCUGGUUGCUUCCUUAAGCAAAUUAUGGUGGAAAGUAUUCAAAUGUGGCUCUUAGGAAGAUACAUGCUCACACAGUCAUGAUGUACUGUUUAGUAUUUCUUUUUUUUUUUUUUAGAUGCUGUUGGUAUAUUUUGUAGGAAAAAAAAAGUGCUUAUUAAGCCCAGAUCAUCCCAAGAAGAUACAAAGGAAAGGGAGGGGACUUGAAGCCAGGAAGAGGAAAUACAGAAAGAGAAAAGGACAGAGGGAGCAAGAGAAUGGAAAGCUGGUUCAUAAAAGAUGUGCCCCUUCUUCAGUUAAAGUGAGCAGAAUCACACAUGUACGGUGCAGUUGGCUGGUGACAACCAGCAAGGGGCCCGAGCUCUAGCUCCCAGUGGACCAGGGUAGUCGACUAAAGCAACACACUUGUAAUUUAGAUGAGCUCUGGGUUAUAGUUACUUUCUACUCCCACGGCUGGUGGUUCUCAAAUUUUUAGCUUUACAGGUAAGCCCUACUGAGAUUCUGAGCCAGUAGGUUCUGGGUUGGGCUUAGGAAGGCAUUUGUAACAAGCUCCUAGGAUCAUUCUAGUGCAGCUGGUCUACAUUAGAGAGACAUCGCCCAAGGUUAUCAUCUCUUGGUAAGUAUUCAGUAAAUCUGAGAGAAAAGUCAAACAUGUGGCACCGUUAUGCUCAGAGAGCGUAGCAUGGGGCUGUUGGAAAAAAUGCUUCUAACCCGCUGGCUUUCUAAACUAGGAGAUUCCUGAGCUGAGUUUUCGAGAAGGAUGCAGUCAGGAGAAAUGAUGUCUUCUUAGAAGAGCGUCUCAGGCCUUGGACCUGAUGAGCAAAGGUACAGAGAUGCCAAGCAGCGCCUUUGUGUUCAGGCCCAGUCACUAGAGAGUCAAGUGGAACCCAAAUGUUGAGAUUACAGACAUCCUGCCAAAAUGAUUUCUUCAAAGCCCAGACUUGUCGUACCUUAUGGCCUCAAGACCCUGCUGGAGGGAGUUAGCAGAGCCAUUCUCAAAACCAAUCCGCCAAACAUCACCCAGUUUGCAGCAGUUUAUUUCAAAGAACUCAUUUUGUUUAGAGAAGGAAACAAUUCUCUGGAUAUAAAAGAUCUGGUUAAACAAUUUCAUCAGAUUAAAGUGGAGAAGUGGUCAGAUGGAACGGCACAAGAGAAAAAACCAGAAUAUGUGAAAGAACCAGAAGGAACAUCUACAGUCUCCCAAGAACCUAAAAGGAUGGAAAAAUCCACAGACACAGAGGAGGACAACAUCACUGGGCCGCUGUUCAGCAACAAAACCACUCAGUUCCCAUCAGCUCACGCUGAGCUGCUCUCCAAGCCUGAGGAGGCACCCGAAGUGGCCUGUGGUCCUUCGAAACCGACCACCCCGAAGACUGCCACCCCGCCCUCCUCACCGUCGCCAGCAGCUAUCUCACCGGAGUUUGCCUACGUCCCUGCCGACCCAGCUCAGUUUGCCGCUCAGAUGUUAGGUAAAGUUUCAUCUGUUCAUUCUGAUCAGUCUGACAUCUUAAUGGUGGAUGUGGCAACAAGUAUGCCUGUUUCUUCCGAGAUGCUGAGCUCAGAGGCUGCUGAAGAUGCUACGGCGCAGGUUCUGAGCCAAACAUCUGCCCAUGUAGGUUUGGGUUCUAAACCUAGAGACGAUAAGGCUGAACCACCAACGGCUUCCUCCUUCCCCUUGCAGGUUGAACAAGAACCUCCUGCUUAUGACCAAGCUCCCGAGGCCCCUUUGCAGGCUGCCUUUGAGGUGACAUCCACCAUGCACAUAGCGUCUAUCUUUAAAGAUGAGCCUGUGAUCGAAGGAAUUACUUACGUUGAGCAAGUACCAGAACAAAUAGUUAUCCCUUUUUCUGAUCACGUUGCUCAUCUUAAAGGAAACGAGCAGUCACCACCACUUAGUCCCAUACUUGUAGGCAAGUCAGCCUCGGGCAUGUCUGGAAAAUCUGUGGGUUCCGCCAAGCUUGUGCACUUGGAGGAAAAUACAAACUAUGAUGCCUCAAUACGUCUGGAGGCAGAAGGCUUUACCCAGACAGUGAGCUCUGACAAAUCUAUGCAACUGGAAAUGGAAAUCUUUGCGGUAGUGCCCAGCGAUGCUGUGCUCUCCGGGGAGCCUGCGACAGUAGUGCACUCAGGUGCAUCUGUAAGAUCUUCUAGCGGCCCCCACUUUCCUGUUCCAGAAGGUCCUAACGAACCAGAAAUCGAAUGAGCAUGGGAGGCAGCGCCUGAACAAGGUUUGAUGGAGCCAGGUGCUGAAAAUGACACUGUUUGAGUCGACAUUCAAGGUGGAGCCUGCCACCAAGCGUAAUGUAUCAAUAAACUUCAUGCAAGCAUAAAAUCUUACACUCUUAUUGGGGGGGUAUACAAACAUUUGAACACAAAAGGUCUUCAAUCUUUCCAGACCUGUGACAGGACGCAAUAGCAUUUUCCAACUCUUACGUAUACACUGUAAAAAAAAAAAAAAUUAAACAUUUCCCCUGCAGCAGAUCCAGUCACAAGUUUUCUAAUGAGGUUAUGCCACCUGCUAAUUCCAGAUCUGGCAUGCUCACUGAGUUUAGACUACACCAGCACCUUGCUUAAUGCUGCAUUUACCCAGAGAAUGCAUGCUAAGUGCCUACUCAGAAUGUGACCUCAGGGAUUUCUCUACCACAAGUAUUUCUUUGUAAGGACACUCUUGAUAACUUAGGAUUGUAUUAAAUGCAGCAUUAAUAUAUCUGAAAGUGUAAAAGAAACCACAUUGUUUUGAACAUUCUAAAGCCUUUAUUUAGCAUCAGGUGGAUUAUUUCAUUAUAACACUUGUUAACUUCAAGACAGCCAUUAAAAUAACUUACUGGCAGCUACCUAAGGUCCCCUGGAACAGUAUCUCAGUCUGGGGUUGGGUGGAUAAAUACCGUAAGAUUAAUGUACCCCAAUUAAAGGGGCAAAGCUACUGUACAGUAGGUCUCUGUACGUAUCUUAAGUACACAGGUGCCUUGCAAACUUGAAGUGCACGAGACGACCUAUUAUAGAGUUUGACAUUUAUAAUACAGGAGUACAACUGAAUUCUUCUGGUGGCAUCUGCCACUGGGAGUUGAAGCAUUU